AUGCCAGUGGUGCUGACCAGUUCACCACCCCCUCACCCUAUCAGGGAUCCAAAAUGCCCAGGUGCAGCCGGGAAAUGUCCUGGGAAAGUCGGACAUCUGGCAUGCAAGAACACCAUCACUCGGAUCGAUGAAAACACCAUAACAAAAUGGGGGAUUCUCCGACACCAUGGCACCCAAAACCACCCAUGGCCAGCCCCAAAGAAGCCGGACCCACUAGCCAAGCUCAAGCUCAAGAAGGAGAUUAUGAAAAACCCAACUGCUGGGGCUUUCAAGCUCAAGUUAGGCAAGCCAACAGCCCCUUUGAACCCAUUUGAGAGUGUGACCCAGAUCCACGAGGCCUUUGUGAACAUGGAUCGGUUGCGCUACCAUCAUCGACUUGUCCUCACCGAACUCGGAGUCAACCCAGAGAAGGGAGGAGCUGGAUUAGGAGAUAAGUUCUUACAUGAUAUGUUUCAAUGGAACCACAUGGGGCUUCUCAUCAUUUCAUCAUCUUUCAAACCAGGUAUCAAACAUUUCACUUUCCAAACGAAGUGGAUGGGGGAACGAUUGGUCACCCGUGAUCACAACAACGAGGUUUACAGCGGGGGGCUCCUAUCGGACGUGACCUACAGACUCUUUGAGACCGGCUAUCUACUAUCUAUUUUUCCAGAUUGA